AUGUCCUUCACAUCUAUUCCGAUUCUUGACCUCGCGCUCGCUCGUGAUCCCGAAACGAAACCCAAGUUUCUUGAGGAUCUCCGCCAUGCACUCCUGGAAGUCGGCUUUCUGUAUCUCAAGAAUGUCGGCAUUUCGGAUGAGCUCUUCAAUCAAGUCAUUGCAGAAGGGAAGGGCUUCUUUGAGAUUCCCCAGGAGGAGAAACUGAAAAUUGAGAUGAAGAACGCAAAAUCGUUCCUCGGGUACUCCCAGCUCUCAGCAGAGAUCACAGCCGGUGCCAUCGACCACAGAGAGCAGAUUGACCUCUCAACAGAGCAUCCCGUCCCGGGUCCCCUGGACCCCCUCUACUACAAUCUGCACGCCCCCAACCAGUGGCCCUCGCCUUCGGUGCUGCCGAACUUCCGCCAGACGUUCACAGACUACAUGGAUCGCAUGGGCGCCAUCUCCGUCGCGUUUACGUCCCUCAUCGCCGAGGCAAUCCAGCUCCCGGCGGACGCGUUCAACAAGUACUUUGACGCCCACCAGCAGCACAAGCUCAAGGUGGUCAAGUACCCCGGACCUGCAGGAGCUCGGCCUCGGCGACGCCCAGGGGCCAGGGCCGUCGGCCCGCACAAGGGACAGCAUGCUGACUAG